ACAACGCUGAUCAUGAAAAAUGUUGCAUGGAAACACUCAGCAACAUUUUGCAAAAUGUUCCGGAAGAAGACGCUGUUAGAACACUCGAAAUCCUACAAGAAACUUUGGAUGAAACGGAGGUGACAGAAACUACAACCAUCAUCACGGACAACAGUGUGGCUUUACUUUACAAACCCACCGAUGACUUCAAAGGUCUUGAAAUCUUUGCCACUGACAAUGAGAUAAGUUUAGGUCCAGGUGUGAACAAAAGCAUAAUGAAAGUUCACCUGCCAAGUAAGCUGAAUCUUGGGAGGGAUGACAUAAUUAGUUUCUUCAUGAUUCAGCUACCGAGCAAGAUUGCUUUGGAAAACUCAGACAAACUGAUUCGUCGCAGGAUCAUUUCCCUGAGUGUGCGUAACAAGAGAACUUCAGGACUUCCUGACCAGGAUCGGGUCAAAAUCACCAUAAAUAUUGCCACAAAGAUCAAUGAAACUCUCAAGCCCCAAUGUGUUUUCCUAAACACCAGAACAAACCAUUUCAGUACCAGUGGCUGUAAGACAUAUUGGGAUGAUGAUGACGUCACCUGUUCCUGUAAUCAUCUCACAUACUUUGGUGUGCUGAUGGGGUCUGCAGACCUCUCGCCUAAAGACCAGGAGAUUAUGUCCUACAUAACCAUCAUUGGCUGUAGUAUUUCUCUUACUGCCCUGGCCAUUGCUGUUUUGCUCUUUAUCACAAACAGAGAGGUCCGAGGGGAUGAUUCCAAGAAGAUCCACAUCAGCCUGGCAGUCGCUCUGAUCCUCCUAAACGUUCACUUCCUCCCUAACCAGGCGGUGGCAGCAACAUCAUCCCCUGGUCUCUGUCUUUAUGUAGCUGUUGUUCUUCACUACUCUCUGUUGGCCUCGUUCACCUGGAUGGCCUUGGAGGGCUUCCACCUCUAUCUCCUCCUGUUUAAAGUCUUCAACAUCUAUGUGAAGAGAUACCUGUUGAAGCUCAGUGUGGUGGGGUGGGGUCUUCCGGCUCUCAUUGUGUCGGUGGUGGUGAUCGUUGACAAAAACCUGUAUGGUUAUACCCCUCUGAUCUCUUCUGGACCCAAUGAACUCGCAGUGUAA